UGUGUCCCCAAGCAGGGGAGCAGCCAUGGCCAUCCUGUUUGCUGUGGUGGCGAGGGGCACCACCAUCCUGGCCAAGCAUGCCUGGUGUGGAGGGAACUUCCUGGAGGUGACUGAGCAGAUCCUGGCCAAAAUCCCAUCUGAGAACAACAAACUCACCUAUUCCCAUGGCAGUUACCUGUUCCAUUACAUCUGCCAGGACAGGAUCAUCUACCUGUGCAUCACAGAUGAUGACUUUGAGCGCUCCCGAGCGUUCACGUUCCUGGCCGAGAUCAGGAAGCGUUUCCAGACCACGUACGGCUCUCGGGCUCAGACAGCGCUGCCCUACGCCAUGAACAGCGAGUUCUCCUCUGUGCUGGCUGCCCAGCUGAAAUACCACUCAGAGAGCAAGGGCCCAGACCAGGUGGCAGAGACACAGGCCCAGAUCGAUGAACUCAAAGGGAUCAUGGUCCGGAACAUAGACCUUGUGGCACAAAGAGGAGAGAAGCUGGAGCUGCUGAUUGAUAAAACAGAGAAUCUCGUGGAUUCGUCAGUCACUUUCAAAACCACCAGCAGGAACCUUGCCCGAGCCAUGUGUAUGAAGAACCUCAAGCUCACCAUCGUCAUCAUCAUCGUGUCCAUUGUGAUCCUGUACAUCAUCCUGUCAGCCAUAUGUGGGGGGCUGGCCUGGCCCAGCUGUGUGCAGAAGUAGCUGCAGCUGGAGCUGCUCCCCAGGAGAUGAGGCAGAGUGUGAAGAAGGAACCUCCAGAGUGACUCCUGCCUGUCACCACUGCCACCUCCACCCUCCCAGCCCUCCAGGACUUCAGACUUUCUGCCUUAUCACCCGGACAGACCCAGCUGGUUGCUGCUCCUCCCCUCAAGAGUGGGCUGGGUUCAUUACUUGAGAGGAUUUUGGUGUUCCUUUUGCUGUCCCAAUGCCACCCCUGCAGAGGGCUCUGUGCAUGCUGGCCCCGUGUCCCUGUGGCUUCCCCUGGGUGGGGACAGGAGUGGCUGCAGCUCCACCUGGGCUGGAGCUGUCCCACAGAGGAGGUUUGGGGUGGGCAGAGCCAAAUGAAUGGGGUUUGGGUUCCCAGAGAGCCUCUCCUGCACAUCUGGCCACAUCUGGAGGCUGCCAGUGCUGCAGGUGUCACCCUGGUGACAAAGGGGGGGCUGGGCUUUGUGCACUCACAGGUG